CAACAUCAACACAUCGCAUCUGCGGCUGUCGCAUUGAAACAGCAAACGCAAACAUCUCGUCGCGUCACCAACCGACUCGAUAUUAAUUCUUCCUAAUCAGCCCACAAGUUUCUCUCUAUCAACGCGUCCGGCGCGUCAAACUUCAACAUGGCACCCCAAGCGGCAAUGCAAAAGCGGAAACCGCGUGAGAAUCAAUACCUCUUUGAAGUUGGAGUCAGAGGCAGAAAAACCGGCCUCACUCUUCCGGAUACAGGUAUCCGAGACGAGAAUGGCUUGGAACCCAUGGACCACUUAUUCUCCUCCCCCGAGAAGCCCAAGGCGAAGUCUGUACAAAGAAUGAAUGGCACAAACAAGAACGCGAAUGCCACAAUCUCGAGCGAGGAAGAUAUGGAGGUUGACGAGAACACCAUUCCAGAACCUGCCGCUGUACUCAACGAACGCAAGCAAGCAAGUAUGCGAUUACCUCCACCUCGAUCGAAAUCACCCAUCAAGACGUUCUUACAAUCUCCAGCUCGCAGACAUCCAUCGCUUGGUCCAGGAUCUUCACCCGUUCGACCCGCUGCGAGGGCAUCCUCCGUGUCAACUUCUGUGCGACGAAGAUUGGACUUCUCCAAUGCAAGCUUCAGUAGUGUCGACGAAAACACCAUACCUGAAAAGGCUCUACAAAAACGUGCUGGAUCAGCUAUGCCUAUCCUCAGCAGCACAAAACUUGUUAAUGGGAACGGUGUCAAAUCACUGGGAGCUCCGUUUUCUGAUCAAGACAUGGGACAGGACAAUGGUGAUUAUAGUAUAGACGGGGGUGCCUUCGAUAAUGGAGACGAUUCUCUACAAAUGGUGAAUGGCGACAGCGAAAUUAUUGCUGAGCCGGAAGAUGUGAAUGAAGAUCUCGAAUCAAUAACUGAAGAACUCCCCGAGCCAGAGCCCAAAGCCUCAAAAAAGAACAAGGGUAAGGAAAGGGUUGUAGAAGAGGUUUCGGAGAAGGUUGCGAAGAGAGGCCGGCCGAAGAAGGCAGCGGAUCCUGAAGACGAUGAAGUCCUACAACUAGAAGAAGAAGAAGAAGUCGAACAACAGCAACCCAAGAAGCGGACGAGAACAUCGUUGGAAGGUUCAUCAUCCGAUGCUGUUAAAGCUCCAAAGGCCAAAACUGGCAGGCCCAAAAAGGUCUCCCAGCCAGAGGACUCAAUAAUCGAAGAAGCCGAGCAGCAACCCGUCAAGAACAAGGGAGGUAGACCUAAGAAGGUAAUCCAAGAAUAUGAACAGGAAGAACCAGCUGAGCAGCAACCUGUCAAGAACAAGGGAGGUAGACCUAGGAAGGUCAUCCAAGAAGAUGAGCCGGAAGAACCAGCUGAGCAAGAGACCGAGGAAAUCCAAGAACGCCCAGCAAAGAAAUCCCGAAAGUCUGUUGAUGGCACUACGACCGCCAAAAUGGGCAGACCUAGGAAAGCAGCUGCAAAGAUCGCUCCGGCGAAAGCUAAACCUGCCGGCCGCAGACCAAAAUUGGCUACCAUCGAGGAGGCCGAUUCCCCAGCAGUGCAACGAGGUCCUCCCCUUCCACGAACCAAUAAUGGUCUCUUCAUCCUCCGAAGAGAGACUCCUUUGGAGGGAGCUGGAUUCAAACAAACUCGUUCUGGACGAAAUUCUAUCAAACCAGUUGCUUAUUGGAAGAACGAGAGAAUCGAGUACGAUGAGGAUGAAAUGGACGAUGCAUUCGGAAAUUACAUGUUGCCUCGUAUCAAGGAAGUUGUCCGAGCUGAAGAAAUUGAACCACCGAAGAAGCGCGCUAGAGGAAAAUCGAAGGCGCCUAAGUCGAAGAGAGCCACAGUGGAACCUGAGUCCGAGGAUGAUGACGAAGUGGAGCCUUGGGAAAUGGAACCUGGCAGAAUAUUUGGAGCAGUUCGAGCUUGGGAUCCAGAGGAUCCAACUGGUGCAGAAGUAGAGGAGCUAGAGGAGGAAGUUGCUUUGUCUUCAGAGGCAAUCCAGACUCGCGAUAUAGCUGGUGCAUCCUUUAAAUUUGCCAAGACACUCAGUUAUCCGUUUUUCGGUGCCGGAAUGGUCGAUCUUCCUCCGGGAGGUCAAAAGAAGCCAAAGAAUUCGAGGAGGAUGCAAAUGGCGUUUUUCGUAUUUUACGGCAGAGUCAAGGUGAUCAUCAACGACACAGAAUUUAGGAUUGGUAAAGGUGGAAUGUUCCAAGUUCCUAGAGGUAAUUUCUACAGUCUCGAGAAUGACUACGAUAAGCCGGCUAGGAUCUUCUUCUCGCAAGGAUGUGAACUUCCAGAAACAGCAGCAGCAGACAGUCAAUGAUUGAUUUGGAAAUGUUUAUGUUCGUGUACAUUGUUUUGCAUGGAUUAUGGAAGGAUAUCCAUUUGAUGAUUUGGAGGGGUGAUGAAACCACGAGUCUCCUAGUCGCCGCGUUAGUAAAUAGGGCAUAUGAAUUCGGCGCAGCAUAGUUGAUCAUGGAAGAAUGGAUGCUUUAGCGAGACUUAUGUCUGCAACGUUUUUGUGACUUUGAG